CGAUUCCCGUUUGGAUCCCAGCGCGGAAGCUCGGGCCGGCGGAUGCUGUAGAAAUGGCGGAGACGGUCGCGUCCGCGGGCGGUGGGCUCGCCAUGGAGGCCUCCACCCCCUUCACGCCCGGCCAGGUUUCUGCUUUUCUGGGCUUUCUUUGGGUUCUUGCAGCCUGGGUGUAUGCUGAGAUUCUCCAUCACAGGAAGGAUGCUGCUUCUCUUAAGACUAGACACUCGGAUAUCAAUUUAUCAGACCUGGCUAAUAGCUCAAACAAAGGAGAGGAUCAAGCAAUGUUAUUGGAGGAAGGUGGCCAAGUAGCAAGUCCAAAGCCAGUUUAUGCUUCUUUCGCAUCACAGAUGCUCAGGCUUUUCUUUAUGGACCAGUCACUUCUUCUGGAGCAUCGAUUGACACUGAGGGCAACAUCCGAGCUUGCAGGCCAUCUGCUUUACUUUUACAUAUGUGAUCGUACAAAUCUGUUCGGAGAGUCUGAAAAGAAUUACAGCCGAGACCUCUUCCUUUUCCUCUACUUUCUUCUUAUUAUCGUAGCAGCUAUUACUUCCUUCAAGGUCCACCAAGAUAAGUCAACAUUCACAGGAAAAUCUGUACUGUAUUUGAACAGGCAUCAGACUGAAGAAUGGAAGGGUUGGAUGCAGGUGCUAUUCUUGAUGUACCACUACUUCAAUGCUAAAGAGAUCUACAAUGCAAUUCGUGUGUUUAUUGCUGCAUAUGUCUGGAUGACUGGGUUUGGUAACUUCUCCUAUUAUUAUGUGCGGAAGGAUUUCAGUCUUGGACGAUUUGCUCAGAUGAUGUGGCGCCUCAAUUUCUUUGUGGCAUUCUGUUGCAUUGUCCUAAACAAUGAUUAUACACUGUAUUAUAUUUGCCCUAUGCACACCCUUUUCACCCUCAUGGUGUAUGGUGCUAUUGGGAUUCUGAACAAAUAUAAUGAGAUUAGAUCAGUGAUUGCUAUGAAAUUUGUUGCGUGCUUCUUGGUUGUUAUCUUGGUAUGGGAAAUCCCAGGUGUCUUUGAGAUAGUAUGGAGCCCACUGACUUUUCUUCUAGGUUACAAUGAUCCUUCUAAACCAGAUCUCCCCAGGUUGCAUGAGUGGCAAUUCCGAUCUGGACUGGAUCGCUACAUAUGGAUUGUGGGGAUGAUAUAUGCUUAUUACCAUCCAACUGUUGAGAAGUGGAUGGAAAAGCUCGAAGAAGCUGAAACAAGAACGAAACUCUCUAUCAAGGCCUCUAUUGUUACAGUUUCUUUAACGGCUGGAUAUUUGUGGUAUGAGUACAUCUACAAGCUGGACAAGAUUACCUACAAUAAAUACCAUCCCUACACAUCCUGGAUCCCCAUAACUGUCUACAUCUGCCUACGGAACUUCACUCAAGAAUUUCGGGCGUGCUCUCUAACGCUAUUUGCCUGGCUUGGAAAGAUUACGCUAGAAACAUAUAUAUCCCAGUUCCAUAUCUGGCUCAGAUCAAAGGUACCCAAUGGGCAACCCAAGUGGCUAUUGGCAAUAGUCCCAGAUUACGCACUGCUCAACUUCAUGCUCACUACUGCUAUAUAUGUUGCGGUCUCCCAUAGGCUCUUCGAACUGACCAAUACUUUGAAGAUAGCAUUUGUACCUCGUGACAACAAGCGCCUCUCGUACAAUUUUGCCACAGGAGUUGCCAUUUCAGUUGCACUCUACUCUGUAUCGUUUGUUCUAGUUGGCAUAGCAGGAUACUAGCAGAUCUAGCCUCUAUUCUUUGUUGGUUCUAGUUUGUGUUUUAGGGUAUCAGAAGACCUAGUUUGAUCGUUGGUGAGAUCGGUGUAAACAGGCAAAGCAUGAUGCACGGUGCAUAUACUGCCUUGAGCUGAAGGUGUCAGAUGGACAAGAUAUAAUCUUGAAGAGUGUAAAAUAUACAAUAUGCCCCAAGUGGGAAUAUGAUAAAAGUAGGUAUAUGCCUGUAUAGCCGCUAAAAUGCAUACUGUGAGUGUGAGUGAGCACUUGGGCUGCCAGAGUCAGAAAUUUUGUUGUUGUUGAACAAUGAACACUUGAAAUAGACAGAACAGUUAUAAGAAUCUGCAGAGUGCUGCUUUUCUU